GGUUGGGUAGGGAGAGAGAGAGAGAGAGAGAGUGAGAGUGUGAGAGAGGAACGAUCUCGGAGCGACAGACAGAGAGAAGAAAAGAUAGAGCGAGAGAGCGAGAGAGCGAGAGAGGUUGAAUGAGUAAAUUAGUGAGUGAAUGAGUAAGUGAGAAAUACAUUUAGGCUACUUCCGACCAAGCGUUUCACUAAACGGAUAAAAAAUGACUAGUCAAUUCGAAGAAGAUAUCCACGACCGGGGAGACAGUAAGAGUAAACCGCUCACUCUGCUCUCCUCCUACUGCAUCGACAGUAUUCUGGGCCGACGGAGUCCCUGUAAAGUCAGGCUGAUAGGGGCGCAAAGUUUGACAGCUCUACCCGGGAGACAGGAGGACGACAAGCAGACCGAAGGCUCAGCUAAAGACCACCUAUCAACAGACACAGACAUGCACCUUCCACCAAAGCUGCGCCGACUCUACGGACCAGGCGGGAAGUACCUGGACCACGGACGGGUUUUAGUUCACGACCUCGAUGAGAAAUUUGAUAGGGAAAGGCUUCUGGUGGACCAAGCCUGCGAGAGUCUCAAAAUCAACCAGGCUCCACAGGUGAGCAUUAGCCGGAGCAAGUCAUACCGGGAGAACGCGUCCCUAAGCCAGGGAGAGGGAGGUCAGAGCCCCGCUGGUGUGCCGGAGGAUGGGCCCGGGCUGAGACUAGGGCUGAUGAAGUUCGAGGACGUGGGGAAAGAAGAGGAGAGCUGUGGGGAGGCGAUGGGUCUAUCCCCGAAGGACGGGGAGAGGGAGAGCAUCCACGCCGGGGAUGGAGACGUGAGGGACGGCGAGGACAGCGUGUGUCUGUCGGCAGGCAGUGACUCGGACGAAGGGAUGCUAAAACGCAAGCAAAGAAGAUACAGGACUACAUUCACCAGCUAUCAGCUGGAGGAGCUGGAGAAGGCUUUCCGGAAGACACACUACCCCGACGUCUUCACCAGAGAGGAGCUUGCGAUGCGGCUGGAUCUGACCGAGGCGCGCGUGCAAGUGUGGUUUCAGAAUCGUCGUGCUAAGUGGCGUAAGCGUGAGAAGGCAGGUGUCCAGACAUACCCCCCUGGCCACCCUUUCCCUGGGCCCCUGUCUGCCACGCACCCCCUAAGCCACUACCUGGAUGGGGGUCCCUUCUCCACGCACCACCACCCCGCCCUGGAGUCUGCCUGGACCACCGCGUUUCCUGGUCUGGCUCCUCACCAUAGCAACCACUCGGCCCAGCACCAAGGGACACCGCUGGGCCUUGGAACAUUCCUGGGUGCAGCUGCCAUGUUCCGUCACCCCACCUUCAUCGGGCCCACCUUCGGCAGGAUCUUCUCCAGUAUGGGCCCUCUGACCAGUGCUUCCACCGUUGCUGCACUCCUCAGCCAGCCUGCCCCGUCCAUCAAGACUCCCUCCAUCCCUCCCCCGGUCCUCUCUGACCCUUCCUCCUCCCCAUCGCCCUCCUCCUCGGCUGCAGCAGACCGCAGAGCAUCCAGUAUUGCAGCUCUAAGGCUGAAGGCUAAAGAGCACUCUGCUCAGAUCACCCAGAUCCACAUCCUGCCCAGCGGAGCUCCAGGGAAGGAGGUGUGCUGAACAGCUGAUAUCCCAACCUUUUCUCUCUCUCCUGGGCUUUUGUCCCUCACCUGUCCCCCUCUUACCUCUCAUACCUCUGGAGUGGUGUGGUGGGUGGAUCCAACCCUUAUCAGUAACCUCUGAUCUUCUAACUUCCCCACCCCUUCCCCAUAAUUCUUAGCCCCAAACAAAAAGCACAACCAAAUUCAAAGAGCACUGGCAAACUGGAGCGCUGUGUGUGUGUGUGUGUGUGUUUGUGUGUGUGUGUGUGUGUGUGUGUGUGUGUGUGUGUGUGUGUGUGUGUGUGUGUGUGUGUGUGUGUGUGCGUGCGUGCGUGCGUGCGUGCGUUCAUGCGUGUGUUUGUGUGUGAGAGAGCAUCAUCAUCAUCCUCACCUCUCCAGGUCUCCUGAUUGAACUUAUUCCUUAGCUGUAGAUCCAUUUCACCAAGAAUCCCCCUGACACACACACACCAACGAACCUCCAUACUGUGUUAACCCCUUCUCUAGCUCAUGCUUCCUGUUUCACUAAGUCCACUUUUUUGUGACAAAUUAAAAACUACGAACUCAGGGGGGUCAACUCCAUGACACCUGCUGCUUGGACACGGACACACACACACACACUUUCUCGAGUCCAGAGAAAGAGCAAGAACCAGAACUAAAAACAGUUGAUUCAGUGGACCACGUGAACCCAGUGCCAAAGCAGAGUCUGAGGUCUACAUCCAAGCCAAAGCAACCUGUCCUACUCUGCAACCCAACCUGAACCUACUGGCUCAAUCUAACCUGCAUCAAGUUUGUUCUUCUGUCUUCCUUUUCAGUUCCCAACAUCAUUAAGCAGCACAAGAUUGAUCAUUUUGGAGUAAACAAAAUAUAAUUAUCAGGCUUUCAGCAAGUUGAGUUUUAAUUUAUGGACAAAUUACGUACAUUUUAGAUUCUAUCCAGUGUCUCUUAUGGCUGAACUGAGAAAGAAAAGUAAACUGGUGUAAAUAUUAUUGUAAAAAAAAAAUGAGGGGGGAAAACUAACAAAAACAUAAUUUUCAAAACAUAGCCUGCAUAUUUGAAAAGAGACCAUGCUUGAGAAGUUGCACUUGGUGUAAAGUUGUAUGGAUUUAGACGUGGCCCUUAGAGGUCCCCCAUGGUUAUGAGCUAUCCGAGGUUUUUACAUUAUAAUUUAUGUCAAAACUGUUCCCCAACAGAUUGAGUGCAGGGUGUCAUGGAAACAUGUUCCCAACAGGGCAGGAGUUUUUUUAAUUGUUAAAGUGAUUGUACAUUUCCUGGUUUAAUAAUAGAUAGAAAAAAAAACAGAAUUUAAUAAAUGAGUGGUGAAAUUCAA